CAAACCAUCAAUCUACAAAGAAACUAACCAGUUGUCGGGUUGAGUUCAGGCUAGUCAGUGUCGACGGCUUCCUUCGUCGUGCGAACAAAGUUUCAUUGAAGAUGGGUAAAGAGGACAUGCUUCUGUACUGGGGGUCUGGUAGUCCGCCAUGCAUCCGAACAAUGAUUGCUUUAGAAGAGAAAGGCUUCAGUGGAUAUCCGCAGAAGCUAAUCGAGUUCGGCAAGAAAGAGCACAAAACCGAGGAGGUGCUGGCAUUGAAUCCCCGUGGUCAGGUGCCGGCAUUCAAAGAUGGUGAUGUGAUAAUCAACGAGUCCUAUGCUAUCAUCCAUUACCUGCAGCAUCGAUAUCCUGACAGUGGUACCAAUCUAUUGCCAGGUGAUUGCAAGCAGCAAGGCUUCGUUCUGCAAAGAUACUACGAGGUUCAAGCUGCCUUCUACCCAAAGGUCCUUGACCUGUUCAAGACUGUCAUGAACAAGGAGGCAACAGAUGAGGCAAAGGCGAAGAAGGGAGAGGAGCUGGUUGAGGAGGCAACAAGAUUUGAUGCGUACCUGAAGGAUGGUACAUUCCUAGCUGGAGAUCAGUUCUCUAUGGCUGAUAUUGAUUUCAUCACGAUCCUGCUGCUUCUCGAUCGACAAGAAUUCAAGCUAGAGGGACGUUUCCCAAACAUGUUCGCUUAUUGGCAGCGUCUUAAGGACCGUCCGUCUGUUGUUGCCUCGUAUCCCCCUCAUUUCAAGACGAGCGAAUCAACCCGCUACUUUGCCAGUUGUUGAAGCUAUUACUUCAUGACACGCUUUCCGUAUGUGCACGUGUGUGUGUAUGUUUAGACUAGUCGUACUAGCUGCUAUUGUUUUUGUUGCCGUGCCUGGCAUCAUGCUAUUAUCGGCCAGCUUGAGUUUUGAGUGCUUUGGCAUAUCCUGCGUGACAUGUGUCCACUGCCUACUGAACUGUGUGUGUAUUCGUGUGCUAGACGACUCGUGAGCCGAUGAACAUAUUUUCUACUCGUUAUCUUGAUAUCUGCUGUACCCCUGUCAGACAGCGUAGCUAGCAGCUAUGUCGCCAUGCACCACUAGCGGUGAUGUGUAUCAUCUGUAUCAGCUUACUCUUCCAGCUUGUCAUAGUCCCUGUAGUUGUCACUUUAAAAACAACGCCCAUCAUUUUAUUUUUCUCCAUGCCCAGUUUUCCUGUUGUGCUGUGGUUUAUUCCACUUUAUGCCACCUUAUACCGCUUGUUUUACCUUUUCUUUUUUAUGAUGAUUUUAUUCAUAUACACAACAGUGAUUGA